GAGAGAAAAUUCUAGCACAGGUCAUGCAUCUGAAGCUGCAACAUUGCAGCCAAGGGGCCAUAAGAGAUGUAGAAUUUUCCCACUCUCAAAAAUUAAUUUGAGAUCAAAUGUGCAGAUUAGACUUCUGGUACAUCUGGACUGGCUGGUUUCUACCUACUGGCAGAAGCCAAACAGGGUGAAUGCGACAUUAUGCAUGCUGUAAUCAGCAGUAGCACUGCUUUGCUCAUGCUGAACUGUAGAAAAACAUACCAGGAAGGCCAUAAUGUGAAGCCUAGCAGAGAUGGUUACAGAUGACCAAGUGUAAUAAAGACCUCAAUUUUCUAUAAGAAUUCCAUGUCAUUGUCUAUGCUAUAAUAACCAUUCUCUCUUUCUCUUUUCCCUGCAGUUAUGUCAAUUUACUGUCCCUGUUUCCCAUUUGGCUGCUUACACUGGUACCUCUGAUCCUCUGCCUCCUUCUCAAUGCCCCAAGCAACUCCCUAUGCCAAACACUGCCAGAUACUCCUCACCUCCGCGGGUAACCUUAGGCGAUGCAUCUGUCACGGAGAAGAACUUGGAGCCUAACAGGCUUGGUUCUGAUCUCAUUCCUUCCCUUCUGGAAAGGGCUCAGAACUCCAUGGACUCUGAACUGGACAACUGCCAUAGUUCUUCAAAUGCUGUCAACUCCAAGGUAUCACCCAAGCCAAAGUUGGCCUUGUCUCUGGGUAGGUUCUUGAAAUGGCGAUGCUUGAAUUCACCGGUGUUUGCCACCCUUUCACCUAAGCAUCCUGCUGUGGUGCAGGGAAAAGUGCAACCCUUAGAAGAUCUGAGCCAACACCUUCAACCAAAAUCCAAAAAAGCAUCCAU